CGGUGCAGCCGCUUUGGCAGGCCACGCACGCGUUGUAUGUGGCAGUGCAACGAGAAGGUUCAUUUCACAAGCGUCGCCAUCAUGGAAGCAUCGCCGCUCGACGCCCCGUUGCGCCUCAAGUGGCAGUCGGACGCCGACGCGUCCGCGCGACGCUUUGUACUCUUCCACGUCCUCAUGGUGUUGAAGACCAAGUACGGCGCGAUCGACGCGCGUAUCUCGGGCAUCGCCCGCCGCGCCGAGCUCGCGCUCUACUCCCGCGCCCACUCGAUGGAUGAGUACCGCAACCCGCGCACGCUGUGCAAGCGCCUCCACGCGCUCAUCAUCAAGCUCUACGCGCAGCAGAGCGAGGUCAGCAAGAAGCGCAAGGCGCCGACGAGUCCGACCAGCAGCCUCGUCAAGCGCCACAGGGCAACCUCGAGUUUCCUCCUCGACGGCCACGACGGCGCGCUUCGAAUGAUCUGCACGUUCCUCGACACACAGUCGGUCAUGGCCUUGGCGGCAACCAACCGCGCCGCGCAGGUGACCGUGCCGCAGCAUGUGACGUCGCUUUUGCUGCACGCUGCCCGCUUGCCGACGAGCCCGCGCUGGUUGCACCAGUUUCCGAACCUCGCCGAUUUUCGGCUCUCGGGCGCCAACCGCUUUGGCUUUGGCGACGUGGUCAUGGACGAUAUGGACAUGAGCUCCAACAACGCCGUCGAGUGGGCACUGACCGGCCUCGAGACGAUGACGUACCCGCACCUGUGCACUCUUGAGCUCUCGCGCGUUUAUUGCGAUGGCCUCCACGACCCGAUCACGCACCGAAUCGCACAGCUCGUGGAGAGGAGCCCGAGCCUCCAGUCGGUCGCCCUCCAAGGCAACUGCAUUUCCGACGCCGGAGCCAUGGCGCUUGCCGACCGCGCGACGCACCGCCGCGGCCUCAUGCUGGACUUGGACCAUAAUUUUAUUGGCGAGCGCGGUGCCGCCGCCUUGGCGGCGGUGACGGCCACGGUAUCGCUUCAGAACAACCUCAUGGAGCCGACAGCGUUCCAGCGCCUCAUGCUGAGCCCCGAUGCGCAAUACAAGUCGACCACAGCGCUCCUCCCGCCCGUUGCAUAGUCGUAGUAGAGUGGCCCUCUAUAAUUUGUACCUUAGUGCAUUUGAUCACUUGACGUGUUGU